UUUCAGUCUAAGAAAGAGCGAUCUGAGCAGUGUUGAAGCACCUCUUUCUCGAAGAAGGUUCGCAAGACACACUUUCUUCCCCCGGCACCCAGCAUCUCCAUCCCACACCAGAACCCUCAUCGACGAUCACACCCAGCAAUCAAAAUGGCUCAGAACGAUGCUCAAAGACUUGCUCCCCACGACCAGGUCCUGGCGUCAUGCCUGGCCCGGCUCAACCUCGAGAAUGACCAAGCUCGAAGGGUCUCUGCCGCUCGUGCGGCUGCCACAGCUGCUGUUGGUGGCAAGAGCGGUGGCAGCACGAGCAGCAGCAGCAGCAGCAGCAGUCUGAGCGGUCUCGGUCGUAGCGGAAGCAAGGCUACAAGAAGCCAAGGUCACGACGGCACUCUCAAAGCUGGACCUUCUAACACUGCCGGCGUCGAGCAGCUGGUUUGCAUCGACGCAGAUCCUUCCAACGCCAGCACAACGACUACGACAAGCCAUAGCAGAGGCUUUGCUCCCAUGCGUAUGGUUGCUGAGCAGCGGGGCCAAGUCACUCAUGCACCCCACGAACAAGCGAUCUCACAGUUUGCAAAGGAGUUCUACAGCCUGCCGUCCAACUACGCUGGCGACGCUUUGAACCUUCGCAAUCAAAGUGCGCCAUGCAAGGAUGAGGAGAACACAGCACUCUUCAUCACCGGACUUCCAGCUAAUUGCACUCACACGAUGCUGCUUGAGGCUGUUACUCGUUGUGCUCCGGUGGGAAAAGUCUACGCAGCCGUUAUCAAUGCCGCCAAACCAGCUGAAGGGCAGCUUUGUGCCGCAGCAAAGAUAGUAUUCUUUAAUCGGGCUGGCGCUGAGAAUUGCUUCAAGGCCAUCAAGCAAGGAAGGCUCAUUGUCGGAGGGCGCCGUCUCAGAGUUGUCUGGAACAGAACCAAGUCAGCUGUACAGCCAGACACCAGCAACUCAAGGGUUGUUCUAAUCCGGGGCCCGUCUGGGCUGGUCAAACGCAAUGAGCUCGAACACUGGUUCUCAAAGUACUUUGAGUACCAGACAGAGAGGGUCUUGGUUCGCAAGCAGACUGGACCUCAGGUUACAGUGCUGGAAUGGCGGUUUGGUAGCUUCCGAGCACAAGCGGAGGCCGCCACUUUACUCCUCAGUCAGGAGGAGUUUGGCAACAUGAAGUUGGAAUGGCGUUGGGGAGUGGACCCUUGCGCCUAGAGAUCUUCCAAGCUGGUAGAAGUAGAGGCGGCGGAUCGGUUGUUACGGCACGGGAAGUGCGGGAAGGAAGUCAGAAAGCCAGAAGGUUAAUGUUG